AUGGACCUGCUACGUGAUAUCAAAGCUGCCUAUCCUGGUUGCUACUAUCAGCGCCGACAAAUGGUCCCCUCGCCAGACGGUAUCGAAAUCGAAAUCUUCCCUCAUAAAGACUUGGAAUACGUCAACAACGGCGAAAAGUCGCAUGAAAUAUAUUCGAAAACGUCUACGGCAAGGAUUGAUAUGUCCUCAAUCGGUUGGAGAACUGCCAGCACCACCGUAUUUGGAGCUGAAGGUUCCGCAGGUUUCGGCUUCCCGGGCAUGCCGGGGCCUUUUGGAUUGUUGUCCAGCUCCACCUGGACUUUUAACGUGAAAAUCAAAGGGAUGUGCCACCUGACACCUUUGGUCGACCCCAAAUGCUGGUACGGAGACAUGUUCAGUGGCCGCCUCAAUGGACCAAAGCCCAAGGACGUGGAUAAGGACGAUGUUCACCGUCUUUAUCGCGAAAAGCAAAUUCUCAACCAGUCUAACAAGUUUAUGCCCGGUAAUCUUUCGCUUGCGUCGGUUCACGGGCAGUUGUCCCCGUGGGAUGAUGUUGACAGUUAUUACCCGGAGAACAUUACUCGUUCGGAUGGUAAGCCGGUUGGCAAGGUUUUUCCUGACAAUUUUGAGGAGGGUGUUUGGUACCCUUCCAAGGACCAGUACAAAAUCGUCCAUGCUGACGCGGAAUUUUGCGAAAUAACAAUUCCCAUCAGCGUCGGAGGCGAGGCCGAUUGGGUACAAGUUGCUGUUGAAAAGUCGCUGAAUCUGGAGAAAAGAGGCAUGCUGUUUGAUGACUCCGAGGACCUGGAAAAUGCCACCAUUACGGUGCUGAAGCACGGCGACCAUGCCAGGCUUAUAAAAGAUGAAACAAAAUAA